UAAUUUCCAAAAUUAAAGAGAUCUUUUUAAAUAUAAUAAAGCUUUUUUAAUUAAUUUUACUCGUUUCUUUAAGGAGUCUUCAAAUAGCAGCGGGAACGCGUAUAGUUACAGCUACAUUCUCCUUUAGCUUUCCUUCUCUCCAUCGGUGCUUCUUGAGUUUGUUCUUCUCGAGAUCUGUGCCUCCGUGUUUCUUCUUCGUCCGAAACUUUUGUUCCGGAGGUUUUAUCGAUUCGCUCAGAUAUGGCGCCACCCAUUGAGAUUGCUGCUACCAAGAGCUAUGCUGAGAAACAGGUUUCACUUCCUCUGCUUAAUGAGAGGAUUCUUUCGUCCAUGACCCAUAGAUCGGUUGCUGCACACCCGUGGCAUGAUCUUGAGAUAGGACCUGAAGCGCCAAUAAUCUUCAACUGUGUGGUUGAGAUAGGAAAAGGGAGCAAGGUGAAGUAUGAACUCGACAAAACUACGGGUCUCAUCAAGGUUGACCGUAUUCUUUACUCGUCUGUCGUGUACCCACACAACUAUGGGUUCAUUCCGCGUACCCUUUGUGAGGACAAUGACCCUAUUGAUGUUCUUGUCAUUAUGCAGGAACCAGUGAUCCCUGGAUGCUUUCUCCGGGCCAAAGCUAUUGGUCUUAUGCCAAUGAUUGAUCAGGGUGAGAAAGACGACAAGAUCAUUGCUGUGUGCGCUGACGAUCCAGAGUAUCGCCAUUACAAUGACAUCAAAGAGCUUCCUCCUCAUCGUCUGGCUGAGAUCCGCCGUUUCUUUGAAGACUAUAAGAAAAACGAGAACAAAGAAGUAGCAGUUAACGACUUCCUUCCAGCAACCGCAGCCUACGAAGCAGUUCAGCAUUCCAUGGAUCUCUAUGCGGAUUACGUCAUGGAAACCUUGAGACGGUGAUCUCUUUCACCACCACCCAAGCAAGCAAUAAAGAAAGAACGUUUGCAAGUGCAUUUUCACAUUGUGUUUUGCUUGGCAAAUGUGAAGUGUAUACAAGAGUAUAAAUACUUACAUAUAAUAUGUUAGGAUUCUCAUUGGAUAUGUCCUUUUGUUGAAUCCAGUAGAUGAUGCCGAAAAAACAAAUUCAAAGAAACUAAGAACGUUGGUAUUCUUUUACGGUUUUACCCAUUUUGUUUGUUCUUUUUCA